AAAAUACGGCGCAUGCCAAAGUUUUUCCUGCAUGUAGGUUUGUCUAUUUUGAUGUGAUGGAUCCUUCACCACCAUUCUCCUCAACCUGAUGAACAAACCCAGCAGUCAAGAGCGCUACGUAAGAAACAAGAGCGAUGCUUCCAGUUCCAGCAAGAUGGUGAGAUCAAAGGUGACACUGGAGCUUCACCUUCUACCCGUUGACGUUCUGCGCGACAUAUUCUCACGGUUAUCACUCAAGCAAGCAGUGAGGAUGAGCGCGCUGUCCCGUGAAUGGUGGCGACUAGGUUUAUGCCACCCGGAUCUGGUGUUCACUAAAGACACCUUAUUUGGCAGCAAUAAGAUCAUAUACUAUAUUGAUCGGGAAUCCACGACUGCCGAGUUCAUCACCAGAGUGGAUAAUCUGCUGCGCCCGUUUUGGUCUAGUCCCACCACAACUACUACAGUGGAUAAGUUCGUUGUCAAAUUUGGUCUCACUAGGCAUCACAUGCAUCACAUCGAUAGAUGGAUUAACUUUUCCACCGAGUCAAUGGCCAAGCACAUUAGUCUUGAUCUCAUUGGAUGGAGUGUCCAUGAAGAUGACAAGUAUGUUGUCCCGCUGUGCAAACUCAGUGGCUCGAAUGGCUCUUGUGUCAAGUCUCUUCAUAUGGCCAAUGUCUGUGUAAAGCUGGCCCCUAGUUUCUCUGGUAUCACAAACUUGAAGAAACUCAGCCUGCAUAUGGUCUCCAUCGAUGCAGACGAUCUCCAAUGUCUGUUGCUAAGUUGUGCUCUUCUCGAGAGUUUAAGACUGGAGGACAGCCCCCUGUCAAGUUUCAGUAUACGUCAGGAGCUCUGCCGGUUGCAGCACCUGAGUGUGCGCGAGUGUCCGGUGGGAACGAUACAGUUGCGUGCUCCUAACCUUACCACAUUUCAGUUCGAUGACUUCCCGACGCAAAUUGUCCUCAUUGAAUCUUCGAAGUUGUUAGAAGCAACCUUUGUGUUCAAGAACAUUAGAUACAACUGGUGUGAGGAUGCUUUAGAUUAUGUCCUGGCCGAGCUUCCAGCUGCGCUUCCUUAUGUGCAUAAACUCUUUGUACAUGUGCUUGUAGAAGACGAGGUUUGUUGUAUGCCUUCUUUGAAAAUAAUAAUCCCAUCACCAUAUAUAUAUUUGGGGUGCAUUUGUAGCUAUUGA